UAUGCAUUUUAGUGAAAGCAUUUUGGAAACAGUGCUCAGGUGGGGAUAUUGGAAUGAUGAGGAUAGAAAAGAUAAUAUUUUAGUCGUAAGAAAAGAUAACUUCUUUAGAGAAGUAGCACCGUUUUCCUGCGCACCUUGCACCAUGUCUGGUGAAUUAAAGUUCGCAGACACGAAGAGCAAAAGUUUCAAAGUUCAAACAUUCGAUUACAAUCAAGCAAAAUUGACAUAUUACAAAGAUAAAAGUGGUGCAAAUAGAGUUUGCGAAUGGAAAAUAGAAGAAAUUGUUUGGUAUCUAGGAUUUGAAACAAAAAGAAACCCACAGUCUUUAUGGGCAGUCACUUUUGUACCUAGGAUAAAUAAACCCAAAAGGUCGAAAGACAAUCCAUUUUUUGGUUGCACGAUUGCUGGUUCCAACACUCGUGAUAUGUUGAAAUGGCUUGGAGUCAUGCUUUGUUCAGAAUAUCCUCGUGGAGUUAUAGCUCCUGCAAGACUUUUAUUGGAAUGAACUUUAAACUGGUGAAAAGUAUACAAAAGACUGAUAUUUGACUUUACUUUGAUGUACCAAGUAGUCAUUAGAGGUAAUAUGAAUAGAAAUAAUUUAAUAAUUACCAUGAUAAGUUUAUUAAUAAGAAUAUUAGGAAUGAUUAAUUUCGAGAAGGACAUCACCAUUAUGACUUACUUGUCUUUAAAUAAACAAAAUGAAUAAAUAAAGGCUUUUAAGCCUAAUUAUAAUUGCUGACAAAGAUAAUAAUAUUUACAAUUGUUCUGAUGACAAUAGCACUGAUGAUGUAUGGGAAAAUAAAUGCAAAGGUAAGGCUGUUUAAUUUUCCUUCAUUUAAAAUUUGUUGACCAGAGUACAGAAUUUUAUAUUAAAAAUAUAUUAUGCAUAAUACACUUUAGUAUUCAUUAAUACUAAGUAUUAUAAUACUUUGUGUUUAAAUGUAGUUAUGGUAUGCGAUGUAAUAUAUAUAAUAUAA